GAAGGCCCGGGAUACUGGCACAGACCUCGGGUCUAUCAAGCGUCCACAUCGCCGGGGCGUGCAAGGGCAGGGAGAACUGUGAAGGGACGGGCCCUUUUAGGCGUACGGUAGUACGACUGAAGUCAGAGUCUGGGCAGCCUUCAUCGACGUGGCCAUGGACGUGGCGAAGGUAGUGAAGAGGGUGUCGAGCAAGGUACCGUGCGAGAACGCGGAGGGUUGCGCCGUUCCGCAGGACGUCGAUCGACGGUUCCGUUGGUUUUGGUGAGAAAUUUUCCCUUCGGUAGCAAAUGGUGACCUUCCCAGAACUUCGCGCUACGAGAGUGUUCGAUCCACCAGGAACAGCGAAAAGUGAGACUGAAAAGCAUGGGGAUAACGGCAUGUUCUUCAUUGAUGACACGCAGAGUGACCAGGGAAUCGAGGGCAGUGCAGGUGGAGACCUAGACAGCUCUUCAGGGCAUGAAGACGACGAGGAUGCCGUCGAAGGGUCCGGGAGCACGCCAGUCGAGUUUGGGUCUGGCAAACUUCCAGGUUUCAUAGUACCAAAAACAAAGGAUGUAACGGAUACAACAACACGCACGACAACCCGGAAGCCAUCCGUAAGGAUAGAUCAGCCCAAAGGCAACGAGAUUCCGGAUUUCCCAGCAGUUUCAACACGGGGUCCAACACAUGAUAAGGCACCUCCAGAGGAUGACUUUAAUGAGUUGGGGAACAACAUUCCCGUACUGCAGCGCAAGCAAGAGGACCGGCCGUCCUCGUUCUUCGCUCAGCCUGGCAUCCUUGCAGCAGUGAUUGGCGGAGCCGUGGUGGGUCUCUUGUGUGCCAUCCUGCUGGUGAUGUUCAUCGUAUAUCGCAUGCGCAAGAAGGACGAGGGAAGCUACGCCCUGGACGAGCCCAAGCGUUCCCCCACGGUCAACUCCUACAUGCGUGGCAGCAACAAGGAAUUCUAUGCUUGAGUGCCCACACACACACAUGGACACCAUCGACCAACCAACUAAAACACACACCACCGAAUCUUCAAAUCCACAGCCGCUGGACGGUUCGCUUGUGCCGACUGAGUCAAGCACACUCCCACACGCCUUCUCUCUCUCUUUUUUUUUUUUUUUUUUUCAAAUUCCUACCAGGUUCUCCUGUCUUAAUAGUUUAGUGUUAUGUUGUGCUUUGAGUUUGAAAUUGUUUUACGCUUAACUUGGUUAUACUAAGUUUGUAAGGAGGGUUUGCACUGCGGCAGCCUCUGUGUUGCUACUUGCUCAGGGGACAGCAUUGGAAGAAAUGAACUCUCUAGAAGCUGCAAGAAUGCUGAUCUCAGAGUAGUGCAGUCUUAGCUUAAUGUUUGGGUUGUUUUUACUACAUCCAAUUACUUUUAACUACAUUAAUAUCCAUAUCGUUUCUCUUCCCAUCUCAAGAGAACGUAUUGUGCGGUAGUGUACAAUAUCUCGCAUGUGACUGCAACUUUUAGAAUACAGCAAUAUUGUGUGUACUGAAGUCUUAACAAUCGUGACAUAUCUUGCAAUCAUCCGCUGGAUGUAUAGUCAGAUUUUCCAUGAUUUAAACUGUUAUUCAUGGCCCUUCAAAGCUAGCCUCGAUAUGGCUGUAUGGAUGCAGACGGCCCUUCUCGCUAGGUUUUAAAGAGACAGGAUCGCCUGGAAGUGAGACCACUGGUUGGUUAGGUGCCAUAAUGAAAUGUUGCCUUUAUAAAUGGCACAAAGUAGGUCAGCAAGGUUGUGUGGGGAGAAAGCCUUAUAUAAUACGAUCUGCAGAACAUGAAGAGGGGGUGUGGGGGGGAUUUACACUGCAGUGCAAGUGAUUGGACAGUGUCUGACUACCGUAGUUUUCAUAGUGAGUCAAUUCUGUACUUUUUUACAACCGUACCUUGUUUGCUACUGCUCAGAGGUUUCUUUUAAGUCCUGUUUGUGAAUUUUGCAUCUGUUGUGCAUUGUGUUCAGUGAGACAUAUUACAAGGGAAGCAAGACAUCAAGUACACCAGAAGUACACGAGUGUACAUCCAGAUAUUUUUUCGUAAUUUGUCCUAUACAUAGUCCAAAACGAGCACAGCAAUUAUAUCAUGGUUGAUGAAUUAAUGGUUUGCAUGAACAACUUGAUAAAGACAACAUGUAUGUGUAGCCUCUUCAAAUGUAUGUUUUAAUCUUUUGUGUGGAACUUAAGAUCACUGUUCUCUAGGGUGUCUAUGCAGUAACCAGCUUUCUUGCACGAUGAGGCUGCAGCUGUACAUUCCACGUGGUCUGUGCUGGUAUACUACACAUUUUCCCCCACAUACUUUCAGGGUGUCUCUACUUAGUGCGUUCCAUUCCAGUGGUAUCAGCCUUUGCUUCCUCAAGAGCUGCUGGUAGUGUGCUGGCUAAAACUGUGUGCCCACAGCUUUGUGGCUUUUCUGCAGCUGCUUUUCAAACUCUGUGUGUCAGUGGGCCACCAAGCGAAGACGUAUUGCAUGUUGCGUGCCAUACAUGCGAGAUGAAGCAUGUUGUGAACCGUGCUACCGAAGGAGCACGUUUGUACCUGUCUGAAAGAUGGGGCUCUACGAUAGAGAACUGUGCUGCCUUUUCUUUUCCCGUUAUUUUUGUACAGCUCAAGGAGAAACACAAAAGGAAGACUGUCCCGUGAACACACCUUGGAAAAAUCUGAUCAGCACAGUAGGCAUAGCAGGCAUUAUCCUUUAGCGCAGAUGUUCAGGAAGGUCACAUUAUGGUUUUUCUAUUUCCUGUCCUGUACAUAGAGACAAGCGACAUAGUUCUGCACAUUCUCAGUAAGUAUGAAACCUGUGCGUCCCACGUAAUGCAAGAGCGUUGCCUUUUCCAUCAUGAAGUCCUGACCUGUAAAUACUGUGCACCUUCUUCCCUCCACGUCAUUUUCAAAGAUGGACAUGGGAGGGUGUACCUCGGGCAGUGGGGGAAUGGGGUGGGGGACAUGUAUGUUUUUUCUAUGAUCCAUGUUGCGCGUGUGUACUCGGAAAAAAAAAAAUCUAGCAAGUCUUCCCCGCUUUGGGACAUUUAAUUGUUGUAGGCAUUUUUGUGUCUUUAGUGCAUUUUAGUUCGCCUGUGGCAGCAGAAUUGUUUCUGCAUCUUUUUAACAGGCAGAUUGUAUUUACAACAAAGGUAUGAUCGUCCAAUUGUGGUCCAACAAUUCAGGAUUUUCUGCAUGGGGGUGAAUAAUGCUAGGCUGUUGCAUCUUUUGAUAGAAUGUUUUUCUACCCCAUUUUAUAUACAAUUUUGAUCAACGCAUCAUUUGGCCUUGGCUAAGUGCUGAAAAGUUUUGCACACUGGAAUUCCUCUGAAUAAGUUUCAGCCUGUAUUGCAGGCCUACCUCUUAGGGUUUGCGGUACAAGCUAGAACAUAUGAUUUAACAGCAUAAAUUGUUCCGAUGUGAAGGAAGGUUAAGCUUUGCCAGUAAAUCAUGUACAAGUAUAAAAUUUUGAUUUCGCAUUAAAAUAAUAUAUAUAUAUA